AAACACGGCGCUGCCGGACGGCAACAUAAGCCUGCAUACUGCAUUGAACUUUUUCUGAUUCGUAGCAAGCAAUCUCAGGAGGAGAAAUUAUCAAACUGCAUCAGAAAACGACGUCGUUUGUGCUCCGAAAAUGACGAUUAAUUUCUUUUUCUCGGGAACCAAACAGAAAGUGGGAGAGAGGUAUGUUCUUCACCGCGGCUGAUUACAAUUUCACAAGCAACAUCGAGUUUCAUCGGAGGAUUCCGGCGGAACUUGGAGAAGAUGGCGAUGGUGCAGCGAAACGACGUCGUGCUCUGAAGCUUGUGGAUCGAGCGCUCUCAAAGCGUCAAUACAAAACCGCUCUCUCGUUGGUUAAGCAGUUGCAGGGGAAACCCGGUGGCCUUCGUGCUUUCGGUGCCGCUAAACAGAUUACCAAAGGGCUUUCAUCAGUGCACGAAUUCGAGCUCAAUGGAAACAACUUAUUGUCCCUCCAGCCGUUGGUGGAUUCGAUUCUGGAUUCAAUUCAACAAUGUACUCAGAUUUCUUUACUUGAUGAGAUCUCUGCUGAAAAGCUAGAGAGUUUGAUUGCUGGAAGUGGACAUUCUUCUCGUUAUGAAGAAGAACACCUCAUUUGUGCAGAACAUGAAGCUGGGCAUUUUCUUGUUGGCUACUUGCUGGGCGUUCUCCCAAGAGAAUAUGAAGUGCCAAGCAUUCAAACUCUGAGCCAAAACAGAUUUGCUGAAGGAAAAGUUUCAUUUGUGGGUUUUGAAUUUCUUGGAGAAAUUGAUUCAUUUAAGAUUUUGAGUGAAAAUGCUGAUAUGAGAAAAUUUCGUAACAGGGCAGCAAAUAAUGGCAGAAUUUCUUUAAAGACAUUGAAGCAGUUUUCAUGUGUAACAUUAGGAGGUUUAGUGGCUGAGCUUCUAGUUGCUGGAAACUCUGAUGGACAUCUAGCAGAUAUACUCAAGGUAAGCACACCAGGCCAGCUGUACGUUCCUCUUAACUCUCCUUUUGCAUUUUCCACUACCAGUUUCUUAAGCCAUUUGCAUCAGCUGGAGAGUGUUCUUAGAUGGCUUGGUCUUUCGAAGGCCAAUGCCGAUCUUCAUUUGAAAUGGGCUGCAACGAAUACAGUGUUCGUGCUGUCCAGGCAUUGUGAAACAAGAUCGAGACUUGCAGAGGCAAUGGCAUUGGGGAAACCUAUCGGAAUCUGUAUCGACACGAUAGAAAACUGUUUGCAGGGAAGGGAGAUAUGAAAACCAAAUUUUGUGAUCUUUGGCCUGGUAAAAUCUGACUUCAAUGAGUUUAAAGAUCAUUUAGUUGAGGUAAUUAAGACAUUAAACUCUGUGGUCUCUUGAAAUCUUGUACAGUUUUGAUCUUUUUUUGUAUCAGCACUCCCUGUAUUACCAUCUUUUGCAAGGUAGUUAUUUGGUCUUUUGUUCAACA